AUGAAGCUCUUCUCCAUUCUGUUGCCUCUCGCUCUUGUCAUGGCGGACGCUACUUCCGCGCUCUCCAACCGCGACGGCGGGGGCUGGAAGGACUGCCUUUCCCAGGGCGAAGCAGAAUCGAUUGUCAACCAGUAUAUCUCGAUUUUGACUCACACAAACGUCACAGCCGCCAAUGCCACAGCCCAGGCUGUGCUCGACAACAACUAUACCGAGAUCAGCGACUCGAUCCUGUCGCUCGAGGGUCAGCCACUCGGAACCGCAACCUUUGCUGGCAAGCAAGUGUAUAUCAAUGGUGUUCUCAAUGCGCCCCCGGUCCAGGGAGUCAACACACUCGAGAUCCUGGUUGCCGGCUGCACCAAGAUCAUUUGGUAUUGGCUCUUCACUGGAAUUGGCAGCGCACAGUAUGAGGUCAAGGGGUUUAACUUGUUCUCCAUCACCGAGGCGGGUCAGAUUGGCCAGGUGAACCUGGAGUUCAAUAGCAUUGCUUGGGGGCUUGAUACGGGAUAUCAAGUCAUCUUCCCUCCUGGGGGAGGUUCGCCGACUCGAAACUGA